AUGGGCCAGAUCUGUCCCAUGGGCUGUAGUUUGCUGACUUUUGCUCUAGAUGCUCCAGAAAGCCACCAUGCCUGGCAAAAUCAAGAAAUCAAGGACUUUUUGCUCAUGGCCAGGCGAAAGGACGCCAAAUCCGUCAAGAUCAAGAAAAAUAGGGAUAAUAUGAAGUUUAAAGUUUGGUGCAGCAGAUACCUUUAUACCUUGGUCAUCACGGACAAGGAGAAGGCAGAGAAACUGAAGCAGCCCCUGCCCCCAGGUUUGGCAGUGAAAGAGCUGAAGUGA